CGAUAUAAAAAGGGGCAUAUUCCCUAUUUCCAUCCAGACAAAUAGACAACUAUUGGUCAUGCAGACUAAACCCACCCUCGUCUUCGUCCCAGGGGCGUGGCACUUGCCCCAGUGCUUCGACCUCGUCCGCCCCAUCUUCGAGGCCCACGGAUUCCCCACCGAGGCCGUUGCCAACCCAUCCAUCGGCGCAGAGCCACCCACCAAAACAGGUGCCGAUGAUGCUGCGAACCUGCGAACCGUGUUGAGCCGAUUAAUUGAAGAUGAAGGAAAGUCUGUCGUCUUAAUCGCGCGCUCAUACGGAGGUACUGUCGCCUCGAAUGCGAGCGAAGGACUAGGGAGCGUGCAGAGAGCGAAACAGGGUAAGAAUGGGGGUAUCUCGCUGCUGAUUUAUCUGGCUGCGUUUGUGCUGCCAGAAGGGCAGAGCCUUGUUGAUGGCUUGGGUGGGAAGCCGUCGCCGUGGAUGCGUUCGAAUGGCGACUACACCUACUCCUCCAACGAGGAGAACGUCUUCUACGCAGAUAUGGAACCCGAGCAACAGCAAAAAGCAAUCAGCCAGCUCAGCCACACAUCCAUAAAUGCUUUCCUGACGCCAAUCGCGCAUGAACCGUUCAAACACAUGCGCACUGGGUAUCUCUUCUGCGAACAGGAUCAGGCACUGCAGAUGCCUUUGCAGGAGACUUUCUGUUCCUUGCUGGAGACGGGGAGUAAGGAGGCCUCCCUCCCUGCUCCAGUCAGGGCGUCGCUGCCCAGUUCGCAUUCUCCGUUUUUCAGUAUGCCGGAGAGGACAGUUGAGAGUAUUGAGGGAAUGAUUGGGGAGAUUUAGUGUGAUAGAUUCAUUUUGGGGUGGCUUUUUCUAUACAAGAGCAUGUCUAUUUGUGAUAUUAGAAUGUUUGUAAAUAGAUCCUUCCAAAGCUUGGUACUAAAUAUAUACAUAGACUCUACUAUUCGUUG